AUGGAGAUGGACAAGAAGAUGUAUGAUGAGUGGACCGACGAUGAGGUACAGGCCCUGUUGGCUUAUUAUAUCACCUCCAGAGUCCGGUGGUUCCUACUCGAAAUGGUACGAACAGCCACUCCCUUCCCUAUGAUUUCCCUGCUCUUCGUCUUCACCGCCUUCGUCAUCAGCAACAUCGGACACAUCCGGCCGCAGCGCACCAUCCUCGCCUUCGUUUCUGGCAUAUUCUUCAUACUGUCAGGUCUCAGUCUGGUGGUGGGUCUGGUCUUGUACAUCUCCAGUAUUAAUGACGAGGUGAUGAACCGACCCAGAGAGCCCGAGCAGUUCUUCCACUACCGCUACGGCUGGUCUUUCGCCUUCGCUGCCUCAUCCUUCUUACUCAAAGAGGGUGCAGGAGUGAUGUCCGUCUACCUCUUCAUGAAGCGCUACGCUGAGGAGGAGUUGUACAGGCCCCACCCGACCCUCUACCGCCCCCGCAUGUCCGACUGCAGCGACUACAGCGGCCAGUUCCUCCAUCCGGACUCCUGGCCUCCACCUCAGCGAGGCCGCAGCCCCUCCGACGUCUCCUCUGACAUUUCCAUCCAGCUCAACCAAACUCCGCCCCCGCAGCCUCCACCCAAGGGGGGCAGCAGCUCCCAGCAGACGCCCUCCUCCUCCGGGCCGUCCUCCGCAGCCAGCUACCAGCUCCAGGCGGCCUCCUCCUCCUCCACCUCCUCCUCCUAUCCCCAUCCCCUCCACCCAGCUGCCACCUCUACCCUACCAAGGGUGUCCCACGCCCACGCCCACACCCACGCUCACCCUCACUCUCAACCCCACCCUCAUCCGAGCGGGCCCCCACCCCAGUCCCUGCCAAUGGCGGGGCCGCCCUCGCACGUACCUCCACCUCGCUACCACACGCACAUGCGGAUGAGCGCCUCGCCAUGCUAG